UCAGCUCACUGCGCGCCGCGCCGCUUUCCUGCUUCUUCCUGCACUCCGGCCCGGGUCCGUGCGCCCAGCUUGUUCUGCCAUGGCCGCGCUCUCCCGCGAUCCGCAGUUCCAGAAGCUGCAGCAAUGGCACCGGGAGCACGGCUCCGAGCUCAACCUGCGCCGCCUUUUCGACUCGGACAAGGAGCGUUUCAGCCGUUUCAGCUUGACCCUUAACACCAACCAUGGGCAUAUUCUGUUGGAUUACUCCAAGAACCUCAUCACGGAGGAUGUGAUGCAGAUGCUGGCAGAGCUGGCCAAGUCCAGGGGUGUGGAGGCAGCUCGGGAGCGCAUGUUCAAUGGUGAGAAGAUCAACUUCACCGAGGACCGGGCAGUGCUGCAUGUGGCCCUACGGAACCGAUCAAACACACCCAUCCUGGUGGACGGCAAGGAUGUGAUGGUAGAGGUCAACAGAGUACUGGACAAGAUGAAGGCCUUCUGCCAACGUGUCCGAGGUGGUGACUGGAAGGGCUACACCGGCAAGGCCAUUACAGAUGUCAUCAACAUCGGCAUCGGUGGCUCUGACCUGGGACCCCUCAUGGUGACUGAAGCCCUUAAGUCGUACUCUUCAGGUGGUCCCCGCGUCUGGUUUGUGUCCAACAUUGAUGGCACCCACAUUGCCAAAACCCUGGCCUCCCUGAACCCCGAUACCUCCCUGUUCAUCAUUGCCUCCAAGACCUUUACCACCCAGGAGACCAUCACAAAUGCAGAGACGGCGAAGGAGUGGUUCCUUAUGGCGGCAAAGGAUCCUUCUGCGGUUGCGAAGCACUUCGUUGCCCUGUCUACCAACACGACCAAAGUGAAGGAGUUUGGAAUUGACCCUCAAAACAUGUUUGAGUUUUGGGAUUGGGUAGGGGGACGGUACUCGCUGUGGUCAGCCAUCGGACUCUCCAUUGCCCUACACAUAGGUUUUGACAACUUUGAGCAGCUGCUCUCGGGGGCUCACUGGAUGGACCAACACUUCCGUACUGCGCCCCUGGAGAAGAACGCCCCCAUCCUGCUGGCCUUGAUGGGCAUCUGGUACAUCAACUGCUUUGGGUGUGAAACGCAGGCCAUGUUACCCUAUGACCAGUACCUGCACCGCUUUGCCGCCUACUUCCAGCAGGGUGACAUGGAGUCCAACGGGAAGUAUAUCACCAAGUCUGGCAACCGUGUAGACUAUCAGACGGGCCCCAUCUUGUGGGGGGAGCCAGGGACCAAUGGCCAGCAUGCCUUCUACCAGCUUAUCCACCAAGGCACCAGGAUGAUACCCUGUGACUUCCUCAUCCCAGUCCAGACCCAGCAUCCCAUACGGAAGGGGUUGCAUCACAAGAUCCUCCUGGCCAACUUCUUGGCCCAGACGGAGGCCCUGAUGAAGGGGAAAACAACAGAAGAGGCCCGGAAGGAGCUCCAGGCCGCAGGAAAGAGUGGGGAGGACUUGGAGAAGCUGUUGCCGCACAAGGUCUUCGAAGGAAAUCGCCCAACCAAUUCCAUUGUGUUCACCAAGCUGACACCAUUUAUUCUUGGAGCCUUGAUCGCCAUGUACGAGCACAAGAUCUUCGUUCAGGGCGUCAUCUGGGACAUCAACAGCUUCGACCAGUGGGGAGUGGAGCUGGGGAAGCAGCUGGCUAAGAAAAUCGAGCCUGAGCUUGAAGGCAGCGCCCCAGUGACCUCUCAUGAUGCUUCCACCAAUGGGCUGAUCAGCUUCAUCAAGCAACAGCGAGCAUGAGGCCAGAGGCCUAUAAACUCACGCUCAGUGGCAGCCCCUCUUGUGACUGGUCCUUUUUGUCCCUGUUGCCAGAGUCUGUACUGCAUGGUCCUGCCCCACCCUGCCCAGAGCACCCUCAGGUUGCAGGCUUGGGCCACAAGUCCCUUGGGGGAAGCUGGUCUGGAAUCCUACCACCCCUCUCUAUCCAGGUCCACUAGCCCUCUGUUAUGGAAUUAACUGGAGUGUUUCAGUGCAGCUGAUUUUCCAGGCCCACGUUCACGUUGUUCACAUCCCAGGUAGAAAAAUAAAAAUGCCACAAAAGAGGUUAUGGCUUCAGCUUCCUAUUUUUUACUGAGAAUGGUGCUUUAUGCAGGAGAUUGAGAGCCUGGUAGGAGGAAAGCAGAUUGCUAGCACUUCUCAUCUUUCUAAUGAUGAAGUGUUUAUUUUGGUUCUGAAAAUGAAUGCCCCCUUCUCUCUCCACCUUUGUAGAAGUGGUAGGAAGAAGUUCUUUGACAGGUAAGCUCUGUUGAGGCCCCUGCUGACCCACCUCCUUUCUUAUUACACAAAAACAUCGGUAGACUGAGAGGAAGAUCAAGGUUGCAGACCCUCUCAGACUAACUUCCUUCACAUGUAGCAUCUCUUAGCAGAGGGACUGAUGUACUUCCCCAGGGCCAGCUGCCAAGGCCCACGUCUUCCCUUAUGCAGGAGGAGCCGACACAUGCCAAUUGGCCGUGUGUCCCCUAGCCUGUCUUGUUUCCCUCCUGCUCCUCAUCGCUUCCACUGUCAUCAUUUGUAGCUUCUGCUAGUCCCACGGCCACCAGUUGUUGCAAGUCUUGAAUAGACAGACAGAUCUUCACUGUGUGGCUGGAACAGCUUUCAACACCUUCAUUGUAUACUUUCUCAAAUAAAAAUUGGCUCACAA